AGAACAGAGAAUCAGCAGUGCAGAAGAAGAAAAGAUGCAGGACGAGGAACAGGAAACUUCUGCAGCAUCCACUGAUGAGGUCCCCUUAGUAUGGGCGCGUUCAAAAUCGAAGAGAGGAGUAGAAACUAUUAAGUUAAUAUGCAGAGAUUCUGAGGUUAUUUCAACACGAAGUAAAGAUGUCAAACGAAGUGAGAUGAAUAAAAAAAAGUCUCCAGGUAUUGAUUUUCCAAGGAGAUCAUCUCGGAGGUCAUCUUCUGAUCUGGGAUUCAACACAGUGAAAAAUGGGAACAUUAAUGUCUCCAGCUGCUCGAGACUCCUUGAACUGCCCUCAGCCAAAUCUCCUAAAGAUCCUUUUCGCAACGACAGACGCAAGAAAUUGCUAUGGACGGAGGAAGAGCAGGAAAUGCUUCAGGAAGGAGUGGAGAAAUUCUCAUCCCAGGCAAACAAAAAUAUUCCUUGGAGGAAGGUCUUGGAAUUUGGUCGUCAUGUGUUUCACGGAACUCGUACACCAGCUGAUCUUAAGGAUAAAUGGAGGAACAUGGCUAAAUAAAAUGCAGCUAAAUAACUACCUGCUUUCUUGGAUAACUUUGAACUUCAGAUGCAGGAGGCAUUGUGAAAGCUGAAUAUGUAGAUUUAGGUAUAGAAUUGAGGUGUUUUGUUUGAUGAACUCGUGUUUUUUUAUCUAAACGCGAAUAAACUUUUUUUUCCUUUUUUCUUUUUUAACUAAGAAACGCGUGCCUUGUUUUAGGUUUCAUCCAAUUUAAACUGGAAACCUGAGAUGUGGUCAGAAUUUCAUUCCUUUUACCUCUAACGUGACAUUGAUCAUGCUCUCAAA